CGCGCGCUCUACAACCUGAGCGUGCCCGAGAACAGCCCGCCGCGCACGCACGCGCUGCCGCCGCCCGGCGCCGAGCCGCUGGGCCUGGCGCUGCCGCAGCCCGACGCGCGCUGCCGCUUCCGCAUCCGCCACGGCGACAAGGACAAGUUCUUCAAGGCCGAGGAGCGCGUCGUCGGCGACUUCUGCUUCCUCACCGUGCGCACGCGCGCCGGCCACGCCGACGUGCUCAACCGGGAGCGCCGCGACAGCUACCGGCUGGAGGUGCGCGCGACGAUCCAAGCCUCCGACCGCCAGUACGAAGCGGAUACGGUCGUCGCCGUCGACGUCGCCGACGAAAACGAUCUGAGUCCCCUCUUUUACCCGACCGAAUAUGAGGUUGUCGUCCCGGAGGACGCUCCGGUGCACUCCAGCAUCGCGCGCGUCACCGCCGAGGACGCGGACCUCGGCCUCAACGGUGAGAUCUACUACAGCCUGGCCGAGUCCACCGACAGGUUUGCCGUUCACACCACCUCCGGCGUUGUCACCAUCACGCGGGCUUUGGUGGCCUCAGAAAGUUUAAGGCAUGAAGUCAUCGUACUGGCUCGAGAUCGCGCUUCACUUCUACUAAAAGGGGAAGAUGCGCCUGCAGCGAAAGCUACGGUCGUAGUGCGCGUUGAAAGGGUGAAUUUACACGCACCAGAAUUGAGAGUUCGUAAACUGCCAGAACUCGUGGAGAACUCGACAGCUGAAAUAUACGCAAUAAUAGAAGUUAGCGAUAGGGACACGGGUGAACAUGGCCGAAUAGCUAAUUUAGAGAUUGUCGACGGUGAUCCGGACGGCCACUUCAGAGUUCGACCUUCAGUGCAACCGGGAGAAUACGAUGUCGUCGUACACGCACUCCUGGAUCGUGAGAGCGCCCCGCACGGCUACAAUCUGACACUUCGUGCGACAGACGCAGGCCAUCCUCCUCGUUCCUCUUAUUUAACGUUACCAGUGACACUUGUAGACGCCAACGAUAAUGCACCAGUAUUUAGUCGAGAAGUAUACGAAGCGAGCAUACCUGAAACCGCGCCCCCGAAUACGCCAGUUAUUAGGCUCAAAGUAAGCGACCGAGAUGAAGGUCGCAAUGCUCGCGUUUACAUAGAAAUAGUUGGAGGUAAUGAAGGUGGCGAGUUUGUAGUAAAUCCAGAUACAGGUGUUUUGUAUACGGCAAUAGCGUUAGACGCUGAAGAAAAAUCGCUUUAUACUCUUACGGUUUCAGCAAUAGACCAAGGGAAUGCCGGAACACGAAAACAGUCAUCCGCAAAAGUAAAAAUAGCAGUCCUCGAUUCCAAUGAUAACAACCCUGUAUUCGAACAAGACAACAUGGAGGUCACAGUACUCGAAAACGGUGCCAGUGGAACCGUAGUAGCGAGAUUCGUCGCGAGAGAUGCCGACUCUGGCGAAAAUGCUUACAUAUCUUAUAGCAUUGCAAAUUUACAACCCGUGCCUUUUGAUGUCGAUCACUUUUCAGGUGCAGUACGUACAACCCGAGUACUUGAUUAUGAGAGCAUGCGCCGAGAAUAUACUUUACAUAUACGUGCAAGCGAUUGGGGACUACCGUAUCGACGUCAAGCUGAGAUGCAUCUUACAGUUCGGGUUAAAGACGUUAAUGACAACCGCCCGCAGUUUGAACGGAUCGACUGUGUCGGAUAUGUGCCGCGGAGGCUUACCAUCGGCUAUGAAAUUGUUACACUUUCAGCUAUAGACUUUGAUGCGGGCGAUGUGGUCUCGUAUCGCAUUGUGAGCGGAAAUGAAGAUAACUGUUUUUCUCUUGAUUCAAGUACGGGAGUUUUGAGUUUAUCCUGUGAUCUAAAUGAUGUUCGAUCUGAAACAAAAGUGUUAAAUGUGACAGCUACUGAUGGCACUCAUUUUGCGGAUGCAACUUCACUUACUUUACACCUCGUAGGAGGCGGAACUGGUGGAGAUGCCAGUCCUUUGGAAUGCCGAGACACCGGUGUUGCCCGACGCUUAACAGAACUUUUAGCAGCAGCUGAACGAAGCAAUGCUCCUAUUGAUUUUGCAGACGAAUUUCCACUUGCACCCUCACGUUACGGGGAAAACUUACAUUCACCUGACUUUAUUGACUUUCCUGUGGAAGUGAAAGUAAACGAAUCUGUCGCGCUUGGAACGUCUCUGGUACGUUUACGAGCACGGGACCGCGACCUUGGUUACAAUGGGCUCCUAGUUUACGGAAUAUCUGGAGGAGACGCUGAUUCAGCUUUUAGAAUAGACCCAGAUACUGGUGACCUGCAGGUAAUUGGUUACUUGGACCGGGAGCGAGAAAGCGAAUAUUAUCUCAAUGUCACUGUUUAUGAUCUGGGCUCACCGCAACGAUCGGCAUCACGGUUACUGCCAGUCACCGUAUUAGAUGUGAAUGACAAUCCACCUCGAUUUGAAAAGACACUUGCUAGCUUUCGAGUAACAGAGAACGCUCUCAACGGUACCGCAAUAUUUCGUGCAAACGCAACAGACCGCGAUUCAGGAGACUUUGCUCGUAUCACUUACAGUUUAAGUGGUACUGGAGAAGACGAAGGAGAGUUUUGUGUGGAACGUGAUACAGGUGUGGUACUGGUAUGUGCACCGCUGGACCGCGAACGUCGAGCUCUUUACGAGCUGACUGUUCGCGCGACCGAUGGAGGCGGGUUGCACGCCGAGGCGCUGGUCCGGGUCGCAGUAGAUGAUGUUAACGACAAUCCUCCGCACUUCGGCCUGUCCGCCUACGGAGCACGGGUCCGAGAAGAUGUGCCUACGGGUACCCUCGUCGCAGUACUCGAAGCUUUCGAUCCAGAUCUCGGAGCCGGCGGUAUCGUCACCUACUCCUUGCCAGAUCAAGCAGCGGACGAUGUCAUAUUUACUAUUGAUCGUACUUCGGGAACAUUACGAACCGCAAAACGUUUGGAUUACGAAGAAAGACAGGUAUACGGAGUGACAGUGCGUGCAACGGACGGAGGGCGUCCAGCGCUAUGGGCCGAAGCCACAGUGAUAGUGGAAGUGUUAGACGUGGACGAAAACGCUCACGCUCCUCAGUUCGCCGACCGCACGGUGCUGCUGGCGAGCGUGCGGGAGGACGCCGAGCGCGGCUCGCGCGUGCUGGCCGCCGCCGCCGCCGACGCUGACCCGCCGGGCCGCGACUCUCGGCUGGCGUAUUACAUCGUCGCCGGCUCCGGCAUGGCGCACUUCUCCAUCGACGACGAAGGUGUUAUCCGCACGUUGACUCCUCUGGACCGCGAGACGGUGCCGCACUACUGGCUGACGGUGUGCGCGCAGGACCACGGCCUCGUACCCCGGCACUCUUGCGUGCAGGUGUACGUGGAAGUGUCGGACGUGAACGACAUGGCGCCGUGGCCGACGCGCGCCGCCUACGCCGCCGAGAUCCCGGAGCAUUCGCCGGCCGGCACGCGCGUGGCGCGCGUCACCGCCAUCGACGCCGACGCCGCGCCAGCGCCCGCGCGCAUCUCCUACUCCAUCGUCGCCGGCAACCCGGACGGACUGUUUUCGAUCGACGAACAAACUGGCGAAAUCGUAACGACGGGGCGCACGCUGGACCGCGAGGCGGCGGCGUCGCACGCGCUGGAGGUGCAGUGCUCGGACGGCGCGCUGGCCACCACGGCGCGCGUGGCCGUGCGCCUGGCCGACGUCAACGACCACGCGCCCGUGUUCGCGCAGCACUUCUACGACGUGCGCGUGCCGCUGCUGCCCGACGCCGCGCCCGACGACACGCUGCCGCAGGGCGACGCGGCGGGCGAGCAGAGCAGCACGGAGUGGGAGGGCGAGGGCGAGGCCGACGACGACGACGAGGGCUCGGGCGCGCGCGCCGCCUGGGACGCGUGCGACGAGCCCGCGCCCGGCGCCACCUACGUCGCUACGGUGGUGGCGAUGGACGCCGACGCGGGCGCCAACGGCACAGUGCGGUACACGGCGCGCGCCCGCGGCGCCGCGCGCGGCCUGCUGCGCGUGCACGCCACCUCGGGCCGCCUGCUCGCCGCUCCUCGCCUCCCGCUCGCGCCGGAAACCUCGUACGACAUCACCGUGCGGGCUUGCGACGGCGCGCCGCGGCCGCGCUGCGGCGUGACGCGCGUGAGCGUGCGCGGCGUGGCGGUGGCGCGCGGCGGCGGCCCGCCCGCGCUGCCCGCGCCGCCGCCGCUGCAGGUGGCCGAGCUCGACCCGCCCGGCUUCCUCCUCACCGUCCUGCAGGCCACGGACCCCGAUCAAGACCGAUUGUAUUACGACAUCGUGGGGGGGGACGAGCACCAAGAGUUCUACAUCGGGCGCGAGGACGGCAGCCUGGUGCUGGCGCGGCGCCUGCUGUGGGAGCGCCAGCCGCACUACGCGCUCAACGUCUCCGUCACCGACGGCCAGCACAUCGUCUACGCCACCGUGAACGUGACCGUGAUCAACGACGCGAACGAGGGCGGCGUGACGUUCUCGCUGGAGGAGUACGUGGUGGAGACGUCGGAGGCGCGGCGCCCGGGCGAGGCGCUGGUGGCGCUGCACGCGGCCGGCGCCGGCCGCCUGCUGUACGGGCUGCACGCGGCGAAGGCCACGCAUUCGCUGCCGCUGUUCAGGCUCCACGAGCUCACGGGCGUUCUCGAGCUGGCUCAACCUCUCGAUCGCGAGAGCGCAGAGGUACACGAGCUGACGGUCUGGGCGCGCGACCAAGCGCCGCGGGCGUCUCGGGCGUUCGCGCGCGUCACCGUGCGCGUGCACGACGCCGACGAGCACGCCCCCGAGUGGGGCCGCCGGCUGGCGGAGGCGAGGCUGCCUCGGAACGCGCCGGCCGGCGCCCUGGUCGCUGCCCUGCGCGCCGCCGACCGCGACGCGGGGGACGCCGCGCGCAUCGCCUACUCGCUGGCCGGCGGCGACGCCGACGGCGCCUUCGAAGUGGACCCGGCGCUGGGCGACGUGCGCCUGGCGCGCGAGCUGCCCGCGCGGGGCCCGCGCGAGUACACGCUGCACGUGCGCGCGGCCAACCCUCCGCCUGCCGCGCGGUCUUCGACGCUGCCGCUGCACGUGAUCGUCGUGGAACCCGACGACGCGCCGCCCCGGUUCGUGACGAGCGACAUCGUGUGCGAGGUGUACGAGAACGAGCCGGCGGGCGCUGCGCUGGCGGCGGCGGAGGCGCGCAGCUCGAGCGCCGUGUGGUACGCGCUGGAGGGCGGCGCGGGGCUGUUCCGCGUCAACCCCGCCGCCGGCCUGCUGGCCACCGCCGCGCCGCUCGACUACGAGGCCGCCAGCUUCUACAACCUCACCGUGGUCGCCGUCAACAUGGGAGGAGGCACAGCCCGAGCGCACGUCGCCGUGCACGUGCUGGACCGCAACGAGUUCGCGCCGACGCUCCGCAAGCGGGAGUACCGCGGCCGCGUGUCGGAGGCGGCGGCGGCGGGCGCGCUGGUGGCGGACGGCGACCCGGCGGCCGGGCUCGGCGCGCCGCUGGUGCUGGCGGCCGACGACGCCGACUCGCCCGCCAACCGGCAGCGCGCCUACGAGGUGCUGGAGCCCGCGGCGGCGGCGCUGUUCCGCGUGGACCCGACCACGGGCGCGCUGCACAUCGCCGCUCCGCUCGACUACGAACGCGCUCCGCGUCACGAGUUCACUGUCAGGGUUUUAGACGCUGGCUCGCCGCGCUUGCCGUCGGACAGCGUCGCUCGCGUCACCGUAGACGUGAUCGAUGUGAACGACUGCCCGCCCGCGUUCGAGCACGCGUCCUACGAGGCGACUGUGCUUUUACCGACAUCGAAAGGAGUGGUCGUCACGAAAGUUUCCGCGACCGAUCCGGAUCCGCCGCAAGACGGCAGCAUCAAAUUUGACGUCAUCGAAGGCGACGAAGGCGGAGCGUUCGCUUUAUCGAGCGACGGGACUCUGUCCAUAGCGAAACCGGACAGCCUCGCCGAUUCAUAUCGACUGAGAGUUCGGGCGUCCGACGGCCUAUACUCGAGUACUGCUCGAGUGGAAAUCAAGGUGCGAGAAAUAGAAAACUCGGGCCUCGCCUUCCAGAAAUCGGACUACUACGGUUCGGUCGUGGAGAAUUCAACAAAACCGACUCUGAUCGCCGUACUGAACGUUCUCGGCGCCGCUCUCAACGAACACAUUGAAUUUUUCAUACUCAAUCCUGUGGACGGAUUCGAAGUGGGGCGCACGUCGGGCGCGGUGCGCAGCACGGGGCUGGCGCUGGACCGCGAGCGGCGCGCCGCGCACGAGCUGCUGCUGGAGGCGCGCGGGCGGCAGCGCGUGGCGCGCGCGCGCCUGCACGUGGCCGUGUCCGACGUCAACGACAACUGCCCCGUGUUCGUGGAGCGGCCCUACGUGGCGGCCGUGCGCGCCGGCGCCGAGCCCGGCACGCCCGUGCUGCGCGUGCGCGCCCUAGACCUCGACGCCAACGACAACGGCGAGGUCCGAUACGAGAUGAAACGCGGUCACGGGGAACUGUUCCGCGUGGACCGGAGAACGGGGCAGAUCACGCUCAAGCAGACGGUGGACGCGCACAACCAGCUGUACACGCUGGUGAUCGCGGCCUUCGACGGCGGCGCGCCGGCGUGCGGCGCCGACGCGGCGGUGGCGGUGCGCGUGUGGGGCGGCGGCGCGGCGCCGGCGUGGGAGCGCGCGCACUACGAGCUGGCGGCGCGCGAGGACGUGCCGCCGGGCGAGCCGCUGGCGCCGCCGCUGCGCGCGCUGUCGCCGCUCAACCGCCAGCUCAUCUACACGCUGGUCGACGACCCCGCCGCCCCCGGCCCGCCCGCCUCGGACCUCUUUGAAGUCCUUUUCGAUGCAGCACCCGACAGAGGCAAUAGUCCAUGCGUGCUGGUGGCGCGCGCGGCGCUGGACUACGAGCGCGCGCGCUCGCACGCGCUGGUGCUGCGCGCCACGGACGGCGUGACGGGCGCCUUCGCCGACGUGGCCGUGACGCUGCGCGUGCUCGACGUCAACGACUGCGCGCCCGAGCUGGCGCGCGACGUGUACCGCGCCGCCGUGUCCGAGGCCGCGCCCGUCGGACACCUGGUCGUGGCCGUGCGCGCCACCGACAACGACACGGGAGUGAACGGCGAAAUCCGAUAUUCCUUGAGCGGGUACGACGACGGCGAGGCCGUGCCGGAGUUCAGCGUGGACCCCGCGACGGGCGACGUGCGCGUGGCGGCGCCGCUGGACUGCGAGGCGCGCGCCGCCUACCACCUGCUCGUCACGGCCGCCGACGCCGCCCGCCCGCCGCUGCUCACCACCGCUCAUCUCUUCAUAACUGUGGACGACGUGAACGACAGUCCACCUCGGAUGGAGCGCGGAGUGGUCUCGGUGGUCGUUUCGGCGGAAGCGGCGCGAGGAACGGCGGUCGGCCGCGUCGCCGCCUGGGACCCCGAUUCUAGUGACGCACCACGACUGAGAUACGCGUUAGCCGGGGCAGGCGUGCCGCACCACGCGUUUGCCGUGCACCCGCGCACCGGCGUGCUGACGCUGGCCAACACGCGCGCGUGGGCCGCGGCCGGCGCCGGCGGGGCCAGCCCGCGCUCGCUCAACGUGUCGGCGUCCGACGGCGCGCACGCCGCCUUCGCGCGCGUCAAGCUCGCGCUCGCGCCCGCCAACCGGGAGGCUCCGCACUUCCCGCAUCUCGUCCACGAAGCUCGCGCGCUCGAGAACCAGUCGCCUCCGCUGCUGCUCACCACUGUGAAAGCCUACGACGACGAUCCCGGCGAGUACGGCGCGGUCACCUACUCGAUACCCUCCGCUCGGCUCCGCGAGACGUUCGCCGUGGACGCCGCGAGCGGCGCGCUGACGGCCCGCGUCCCGCUGGACCGCGAGCGGCGCGCCGAGUGGGAGGUGCCGGUGACCGCCAGCGACGGCGGCGGGCUGCUGCGCCACACGACGGUGCGCGUGCGCGUGGCCGACCUCAACGACAACGCGCCCGUGUUCCCGCACCGCGAGUACCGCGCGGCCGUCGCGCACGACAAGCCGCCGGGAGCGCCGUUCCUCACGCUCACGGCGUCGGACGCGGACGCGGGCGAUAACGCGCGUCUCUCGUACUCGGUGUACGAGGGCGACGUGCGCACCGACGCCAGCGGCCUCUUCGCCGUCGAUCCUCACACCGGAGCACUGUCCUUCGCGAGAGACGCUUCUGGCUUUGCGUCACGGUCGGUGCAAGUGUGGGUGAGGGCUCGCGACGGCGGAGGUCUGGCCGGCGAGGCCCCAGUGUCAGUCUACGUGUUGGGUCCGGGCGAAACGGCUCCGCGAAUACACGCCCCGCCUCCCGAUCUCUUUCUGCCGGAAGAUGCCGCCCCGGGAACCCUCAUCGCGGAGUUACGAGUUCCCGAGUCGCCCGACGCUCCGGAGAGCACUGACUCCAACGAGGCGGCGGAUUCACCCUCCCCGAGGUUCAGACUGGCUCCGGGGCUGUGGCCGCGGGACCUGUUCGCCGUGGACUCGUCCGGGCGACUCGUUCUCGCCGGACAACUCGAUCGGGAGACUGCCGCGGAACACAUCAUCGGCAUCAUCCUGGAGGGCUCGGGCAGCCCGGCGCCGGCUCGCAUGGCGCAGACGCGGCUGCACGUGCUGGACGUCAACGAGCACGCGCCCGCCUUCCACGCGCAGCCCUACGUCGUGCACGUGGCCGAGAACACGCCGCCGCACUCCAGCCUCGUGCAGCUGAUGGCAGACGAUCCAGACUCGGGCUCCAACGGCGAAGUACGAUUUUCACUGGCCGGUGAGGGCGAGGAAGGGACCACAUCCACCAGCCUGUUCGCCGUGGACCCGUACAGCGGCUGGGUGACGACGACGGGCGCGCUGGACCGCGAGGCGCGCGCCGAGCACCGCCUGGCGCUGCUGGCCGCCGACAGCGCCGCGCCGCCCGCGCGCCGCACCGCGCGCGGCACGCUCGUCGUGCGCCUCGUCGACUACAACGACUGCCCGCCCGCCUUCCUGCACGACGACUACGACGCCGAGGUCCCGGAGGACGCGGCGCCGGGCACGGUGGUGGCGCGGCUGGGCGUGCGCGACGCGGACGCGGCGGGCGGCGCGCUGGCCUUCUUCGUGGCGGACGGCGACCCGCGCGCGCGCUUCCAGCUGCGCGCCUCGGGCGAGCUGUUCGUGGCGCGCGCGCUGGACCGCGAGGCCGCCGCGCUCUACCGCCUCACCGUCGCCGCCACCGACGGCAAGUUCACGGCCUACACGCGCGUGCGCGUCGUCGUGCUCGACGUCAACGACAACCCGCCGUACUGCCUCCGACACCGGUACUACGCCGAGCUGCCGGAGGACGCCGCCAACGGCACGCGCGUCAUGCAGCUGGCGACGGGCGACGCCGACGAGCCGGCCGACCCGCAGCUGCGGCACUUCCUCACCGGGGACUUCGCGCACCACUUCGCCAUCGACAAGGAGAGCGGCGUGGUGACGGUGGCGGCGGCGCUGGACCGCGAGACGCGCGCCGCGUACCGGCUGCGGGUGCACGCGCAGGACCGCGCGCGGCCCGCCUGGGGCUGCUCGUCCGAGCUGCUGCUGCGCCUGCGCGACGCCAACGACAACGCGCCGCGCUUCUCCGCCGCCACCUACACCGUCACGCUGCCCGAGGACGCCGACGUCGGCACGCUCGUGGCCAAGGUUCACGCUACGGACGCGGAUCUCGGAGAAAAUCGUCUGGUGCGCUACUCGUUCGUUGACGAGUCGACGGAGGCGUUCGAGCUCGCGGCCGACAGCGGCAUCAUCACGCUGCGCGCUCCUCUGGACCGCGAGACGCAGGCCGAGCACCGGCUCGUGGUGCGCGCGCGCGACCGCGGCGACCCGCCGCUCUCCGCCACCGCCACCGUCCGCCUCACGGUCGCGGACGUCAACGACAACCCGCCCGAGUUCGAGUUCCAUCAGUACCGAGCUGUCGUCCCCGAGAUCGACGCUCCCGGCACCGAGGUGCUCCGCGUCCGCGCCACGUCCCGGGACGCCGGCGUCAACGCCGACGUCUACUACUCGCUCAUCGGCGGCGACGGCCGCGAUGACUUCGCCGUCGAUCGCUCGAGCGGUGUUCUGUCCAUCGCCCGACCUCUCGAUUAUGAACGAAGGAGAGAAUACGCGCUGACCGUGCAAGCGAUCGACGGUGGCUCACCGCCCCUCAGUGACCGCGCAUCGAUUAACGUAACCGUAUCGGACAACAAUGACAACGCUCCGUCAUUUUCGCAAGAAUCUUACGGAGCUCGAGUUCGCGAGGACGCCGAGGUCGGUGCGCGAGUUUUGCAAGUGAUAGCGGAUGACGCGGACUCGGGAGCCAACGGCCGCGUGGCGUACUCCAUCGCCCGCGGUGACCGCGAUGGACAGUUCACCGUUGACGCUGACACCGGCUACAUUUCCGUAGCGUCUCCGCUCGAUCGAGAAACCAUUCCGGCUUACGUUCUCGAAGUGAGAGCACGCGACAGAGGUGUGCCGUCUCUAGAAACCACGACGUUGGUAAAUAUUGAAGUGGUCGACGCCAAUGACAACCCGCCUCUUUUUGCUCAGACAAACUACACGGCCGUCGUUCAAGAAGAUCGACCACUGGGACACACCAUCAUCAAAUUUGAAGUGCAGGAUGCUGAUGCACCUCCGAACGGCGCUCCAUACACAUUUGACUUUCAAUCUGGCAACGAGAUGGGUGCUUUCCGACUGGAGCAAGAUGGUUACUUGCGCUCGGCGACUCGAUUCAAUCACCGUAUCAAGGACCGCUAUGCACUGCAAGUUAGAGUAUUCGAUAACGGUACUCCACCGCUGUUUUCUGAUGCCUGGGUGUACAUAAGGGUGAUUGAAGAGUCCCAGUAUCCACCAGUUAUAACUCCGCUCGAAAUAAUCGUAAACUCCUACCUCGACGAAUUCCCUGGAGGAACCAUAGGACGAGUCUUCGCAUCGGACCGCGACGCUUAUGAUACCUUAACGUACGCGAUAGCCCCCGUGGACGGGGCCCCUUAUCCUCCCACGGAUCUUUUCGAAAUCGAUCCCAAGAACGGAACGUUGCGUGCGGCGCCGCGACUCGACGUCGGUGAUUAUCGACUCAACAUCACAGUCGACGACGGCAAGUUCAUCAGUUUCGCGAUAGUGCGCGUCGCCGUCGUGCUGAUCUCCGACGAGAUGCUCGCGCAGGCGGUCGUCGUGCGCUUCCGCGAGGUCACCGACCGGGACUUCGUUCUCAGCCACCGCAAGGGCUUCCUGCGGGCCGUCGCCGAAGCGACCGACUGCGAUCCCGCCGACGUGGUCGUGGUCAGCGUCCAGCCGUCGGGCGAGACGAGCGAGGACGAGCCCCGGCGAGAGAGGCGGCAGGUGGCCCAGGACCUGGACGUCGCCUUCGCGGUGCGCACGGCCGCCGACGGAGGCGGCUUCCUGCCCGCCGACGCGCUGCGGCGCCGCCUGCACGCGCACCUGGAGCGGCUCGAGGAGCGCACGCGGCUGGUGGUGGAGGAGCUCGUGCGCGUCGCGUGCGGCGGCUGCGCGCACGGCGCCUGCGUGGAGCGCGUGGCGCUGCGGCCCGGCGGCCUGCGCGCCGUGGCCACCGACGUGUUCGCGCUGGUGGCGCUGCCGCACCGGCUGCGCGGCGAGUGCGCGUGCGCGCCCGGCUUCGGCGGCGAGCGCUGCGACCGGCCGGCCGGCGAGCGCGACGCGGGCGAGGGCGCGCCGGGCGUGGCGCACGUGGCCGGCGACGGCUACCUGGUGUACCGGCUGGAGCGCGGCGUGGUGGCCGGCGAGCGGCUGCUGGACGACGAGCUCACGCUGUCGCUCCGCUUCCGCACGCGGCGCGAGCGCGGCACGCUGCUGCAGGCGGCCGGGCGCGUGGACUACGCCGUGCUGGAGGUGGCGGAGGGGCACCUGCAGUUCCGCAUGGAGCUGGGCUCGGGCCCGGCGCUGGUGCGCGCGUCGGUGCCGGUGGCGGACGGCGCGUGGCACGAGGCGCGGCUGGAGCGGCGCGGCGCGGCCAUGCGGCUGACGGUGGACCGGCGCAGCGCGCACGCGCAGGCGCCGCCGCCCGCCGCCGUGCUGGACGCGCGCGCCGACCGCCUGCUCAUCGGCGCCUCGCUCAUGAGACACGCCCACGCCCUGGCGCCCGAACAGGUGACGUACGGCUUCCACGGCUGCAUCGCGGAGGUGCGGCUGGGCGGCGCGCUGCUGCCGCUGGAGGAGGGCGGCACGGCGGCGGACGGGCGCGCGCAGCUGCUGCGGCGCGUGCGCGUGCGCGUGGCCGCCGCCUGCCCGCCGCUCGCGCCGCCCGGGCCCUGCGCCUCCUACCCCUGCCUCAACGGCGGCACGUGCCGCGAGGCGCCCAGCCUGCUCGAGGCCGAGCCCGCCGGCAACGACCUCGAGGGCUACGCCUGCACCUGCCACGCCCGCUUCCUGGGACCCAGAUGCGAGGUGGACGCGGACCCGUGCGCGUCGCAGCCGUGCCUGCACGGCGGGUUCUGCGCGGCGGCGCCGGCGGGCGGCUUCCGCUGCGCGUGCGCGGGCGGGCUGGCGGGCGCGCGCUGCGAGCGCGGGCGCUGGUGCGCGCCGGGCGUGUGCGCGCACGGCGGCGCGUGCGAGGAGGGCGACUGGGGCCCGUCGUGUCGCUGCCGCGGCUACUACGGCCCGCGCUGCCAGUACGACGUGGACGAGUGCGCCGGCGAGCCCUGCCUCAACGGCGCCACCUGCCUCAACGAGCCCGGCUCCUUCCGCUGCCUCUGCCCGCCCGACAAGACCGGCAUGAACUGCGGGAACCCGCUGUACUCGGACGCGGUGGUGGCCGGCGGCGCGGGCGGCGGCGGCGGCGCGCUGCGGGCGGCGUGGCGCUGGGCCUGCGAGGCGCGCUGGCCGCUCGCCGCCGCCGCCGCCGCGCUGCUGGCGCUGCUGCUGGCCGCCGUCGCGCUGCCGCUCGCGCUGCGCCGCCGCGCCCGCGCCGCCCGUCCCGCCGCGCCGCCGCCGCGCUGCGACAAGCUGCCGCCCGCGCGCGCCUCCAAGCUGUCCAACCUCGAGGCCGUGGCCACGCGCCGCGAGCGCCCCGCCUCGUGCGCCGAGCCGCCGCUCAACAACGCCGACACGCUGCGCAGCUACGGCUCCGCCGGCGACGAGCUCGAGGGCAUCCCGCCCGACUACCGCCGCAACCUCAACAUCGAGCCCGCGCACGACCGCAAGCCCUGGUCGGAGCAGAUGCACCUGCACACCUUCGUCGACAAUAAGAUUUACAACGAUCUCAAAGGCAGCAAAAGCCGGUCACGAACCCGGUCGCCGGGCGCGCUGCGGCGCGGGCCGGGCGCGGGCGAGCCGCACCUGGUGGGCGGCUACCACUGGGACUGCUCCGACUGGUGCGGCGGCGGCGGCGCGCUGCCCGGCAUCAGCGAGGUGCCCGGCUCCGAGCGCCCCGACUCGUCCUCGCCGCCCUCGCCGCCCUCGCCCCGCCGCCCGCGCGCGCGCCGCGCCGCCGCAGACUCCGCCACCGACGACCUCGACCUCGAUCUCGACGCCGACCGCGACACCGACGCGUCGCGCUUCCCCGACGCGUCCUCGUACCUGCUCCACCCGGAUGAAUAUCUGCCGCACCCGGACGACUGCCGCUCGCAGCCGCCCUCGGACUCGGAGCCGCUGCGCGCGCGCGUGCUGCGCGAGCCGGACGCCGCCAGCCUGAUCACUAUGCUCGAGGAGCGCGACUCGCUGCUCGGCGGCGCGGGCGCGGGCUCGUGCAGCGACCUGUCCACGAACCUGUGCGAGAUCGAGGAGUCGGAGGCGGAGGAGGAGGCGGCGCCGCGCGCGCGACACACCGACGUGUGACGCCGGCGCGCGGCCGCCGCGCCGCCCCCACCCCCGCCCCGCGGCCUCUAGCGGACCCCGAGCGAGACCGAGCGACGGUCUCUCCAUGAUGAUUAUGGAAAAUAGUGUAGUUCCUCGUGGGAGGUGUAAAUAUGUACAUUGUAGUCGUUAAGAUUCGAGCGAGCGAGCGAUCGGCCGUGUGCGAUGGAGCGAGGCCGAUUCGAUUCAACCGACUGACGGACGCCCUUUCCGCAAAAUGCGUACGCGUGAAAAUAUAUUGGUGGUCGAUGUUUGAUUGACUGUGAUCCUGGUGAGUGCUUGCGUUCUGUUGCGAAUCACCGUUAUGCGUCUGAACUUGCCAUCGUUAUUUUUAUAAUAGUCAUGAUCGAAUUAACAAAUUAUGCUUCUCUAAAACUUAAAUUCUAGUAUUCGCGAAUACUUACAUGAGCUUAAUUAUAAAGGAAUGGCGAAGCACCUUGAAAAUAUAUUAAAAUUAGAACUAAACUCAAAAAAAUAUCUUUCUUAUAUUAUGUUUUUCAUUUAUCGAUAAAUCUCUUGCCGUUCAUUUUAUUCGUAUCUCCUUUUUAGUAAAUUAAACAUCUUGCAUCUAAUCGAUCAUUUUGUGUAGAUGUUUAUUUAUUUCGUAGUAUUAAUUUUACGUAUUUCGCGGGACCAUACCGUAACUAUAGCAUUUAUGUAAUGUCACUACGUAGUAUUACUACUUACUUUAGUUUAUUGCGUAUGUAACGAGCACAGACAGUGAUUGUGUGAAUGUUAGAGUGCGUCCGAGCGCGCCGCCGGCUCGCGGCGGACGCAGUGUAAAUAGUGCGGUGUACAUACGGAGGCGCGCGGCGGCGACCGCCGAUAACGUUGUUAUAAAUUAUAAUGGUGCUCUGACUAUAGGUUCAUAUCAUAACUUUAAACUGUGCAUUUAUAUAAAAUCGUAGGAUAAACGUUCUCCUUAUAGGUUAGCGAAUUACAUUAAGCGAUCUAUUUUUAUAUGUAUAAACAUCGGUUAGAGAUAUCGCGGCGCCCGCGGGCCCGCCCCUUGUGAUAGCACGUAUCUUCCCGCGCGCUUGUUUGCUAAUGCUCCGACUCCGACUUGAGUUCGUAUCGAUUCACAGAACCUCUAUUAUAUUAUAUACUAAUUAGCAAACGGUCGCGUCGAUUCAUUUUUUUACAAACUGAUUUAUUAUUUAUUGAAUUUAUUGUUGUGUAAAUUUUGACACGACUAAUAAAAAAAUGGAAUUAUUAAGAA